AUGAGAAAUGAAAAAAUCAAAGUAUUUGAUGGGAAAGAGGAUCUGGAGGGUCUGGAGGACGAAAUAGAACAAGAGAAAGCUCUAGUAAGACUGGGGAAAUUCCUGAUUGAGAAAGGAAAAGGAAAGCACGUCCUCAUUGAUGAAGUCCCCGUCACACUUGGAUUCCCGGGCAUCAUUACCACAGAAGCCCUCUCCAAGCAUUGGGGGAAAUGGAUUGAAGAUAUGAAGGAGCUUAAGUCGAUCACUAUCUGUUUUAGACCCAAUGACCAAACUUAUACGAGAGAUUUCCCUCUUGAAGAGUUCCAACCAGCCGGAUAUGGUAUAACCGUCCUCGAUGAAAUAAAGAGGAACACCCGGAACAUAUCGGAAUUAUUUGUGGCCAUCGGAAACUAUUCUAGGCGUGUCUUUGUAUCAGCUGAGCCCUCCUUGGACUUGUCCGAGCUCUCCUCGAAAGUGGAUUCGAAAGAAGAAGGUGGAGGACGCCUUCCCCAUUUCAUCGAGAUGACUUCGUGCCAGGCUCUUCAUCGUAAAUGCACACAUGAAGUACUCUGUCAGGUCGUGAGAGCUUCUCAUGCCAUAUACGAGAAAUGCAAGGAGUCAUCGAAGGUGAAGCCUGUCUAUGUCAUUGUUGAUAAAGAGUGGAGAAGAAAUGCUUUCCUCAACGUUUUCAUGCUAUUGUACCCUGCUUUCCCUGUCAUUUGGACAUACUACGACGAAUUCCGUGGGAAGCGUGCCCCUUUUCGUUCGUUCAUUCCUUCGCUCUUCCGUUCGUUCCCCCUCGUCGUCGUCACCGAAGAGGAAAUGAUGGGAUGUCACCCAGUGAACGUUACGAUGAUCCUCGACUUUCCUGGCUCGAAAUGGGAAAACUAUUGUCGUUUGAUAGCAACCACUGGAGAAAACAAGAUCCUCGUUAUCGAGGAAGAAGAGAGAAGGACGGGGAAGUUUUCACUCCUCCCUGAAGAUGUAAUAAAAAAUAUUCAAGGGAAUAUCGAGGAAAUAAAAGUGGACAAAGAAGAUCUGAAAGCAAAAUUGAAAAAGGCGUCUCAAAAAUACGAAAGGAAGUUCUGGGAUCUGAAUGACUUUGAAUUCUCCGAGCAAUCCUUCCCUGGAAUGGAACUGAAUCAGGAUGGUGGAGAAAAUGAGAAGAAUACAGACAUGCAAUUGAGUCUCGAAUCUCGGCUCAUCGGAAUAUUCGGAUACCCUGCCGCAGGAAAAUCCAGGAAAGUGGAUGCUUUGAUUAGACGAGAGACGCGCCAAGUUCUCAUUCUUCACUGCGGUGGUAAAUUACUUCUCCAUGUCCAGCAACAGCGGUGGAUGGCGAAAGCUAAUGUGAAAGUCUCUUCAACGUCGGUCAACUCUCUUGAGAUGAUCCUAAAAAAAGUAGAGCAGCAUAGAGAGGAAGAGAAGAAAAAGAAGGAUAAUGAAAGAGUUGAGAAGCGAAAGGAGAAAGAAAGAGUUGAGAUGUUAAGGGAGGAGAAGAAAAAAAUAAGAAACUUUUUUUCCUUUUUCAAGGAAAAAAAGAAAAAAGCUAGAGAAAGAGAGCAAAAAGGAGAGAAUUCGAAGGAAAAAGAGCAAGUCGAGCAGGAUCCCCUUGUCGUGGUAGUCGAAGAUUGCCCUUUUUUCCCGUUAACAGAGAUUCCACAGGUCGUGAAGACUUUGAAAGAAAAUAAGAUCACGCUCAUCCUCGUUUUCAAACCUCAUUCAGAUAAUGCAUCGAAGGACACAGUGAACGAAGUUGUGAAAAUGUUGAAAGAGAACGAAGAAUGCGAUGCGAUUGUGCUUGAGUCUGAACCGACCAACGUGACUCUGAUGAAGCACAUCCGAGAAAACGAGACUCCAACUCCUCUGAACUUGGAUUCAAGGAAUCUGUUCGUGUCUGCAAAGCCUGCCGCCAUCGUCCCUGGUCCGCCCGUCGAAUACGUCAAAAUUGAAGAGCAAGAAUGUUCAGGAGAACAUCUCGGAUAUAUCUGCUCCGGGAAAGGCUCAUGUGGGAACACUGCAAAUGUUCUAUCUUCCUCCCUGCAACUUUUGGAAUCGGAAAACCAAUCCGAGCAGAAGGCCAAAUCUGGACAAAACGAUGCCUCCUGGCCGAAAGAUGAAUGCAAAAUUCCACACAUCCUGGUAUCAGACAAAAGCCUACUCGAACCUCUGUCAGAGAAGGCGAAAAAAACCUGGCCAAAUGAAAGUGAGAAAAACCUGGUCCAAGUGACACACCUGGAGAACUUUCGUGGUUGCGAGGCUUCAUAUAUCGUCUCCUUCAACGUGGACGACGACUGGCUACUAGAGGUGAUCUCCCGUUCCAGGACUCGACUCAUCAUCAUCGACAACCUCAUCGGACACAGAAACUUAUGGAAACAGAUGGAGAAAGAAAAACGUGUGAAGUCCAUCCCAUGUGUCACAAACUCCGAAGAAGACCGUAGCAUCCUCCUGCGAUUAGAUGACCAAGAAAAGUUCCUCAAUGAUGAAGUCCCAUCCCCAAUGUUCCCUUGUGUAUGGAACUUCAUCGAGGAGGUGGUGUUGCAUUCAUAA